UCCGACAAAAUGGCGGCGAAAACAGAGCGAGGAGUACCCCUUAGUGCGCUCAGUCCGAAGUUUUUGCACACAAACUCAACCAGUCACACGUGGCCCUUCAGUGCCAUCGCAGAGCUUAUCGACAAUGCCUAUGACCCGGAUGCAAAUGCCAAACAGUUUUGGAUCGACAAGACUUGCAUCAAGGGCCAUGACUGUCUGACCUUUGUGGAUAAUGGAGCGGGGAUGAAUUACGACAAAAUGUACAAAAUGCUGAGCUUUGGCUUCAGUGAUAAGCAGACGAUCAAUGGCCACAUCCCUGUGGGUCUUUACGGGAACGGGUUCAAGUCCGGCUCCAUGCGCCUGGGGAAGGAUGCCAUUGUAUUCUCCAAAUCCAAGGACAGCAUGAAUGUGGGCCUACUGUCUCAGUCUUACUUGGAGGAGAUCAAGGCUCAGAAUGUGGUGGUGCCCAUUGUCACCUUCAGACACACUGGACAAAAUCGAGUUGCUCCUGAGCAUGUAGCUAGCUUGAAGGAUAUUCUCAGAUACUCACUGUUCAACACGGAGAGUGAGCUGCUCUCUGAGCUGCAGGCCAUCAACGCCACGUCCUCUUCUGCCUCCACCGGUACCCGCAUCAUCAUCUGGAACUUGCGUAGGAUGGCUAAUGGGCAGCCAGAGUUCGAUUUCAAUAUAGAUAAGUAUGACAUCCAGAUCCCAGCUGAUGUGUACGAGACAACCAGUGAGAAGUAUAAGCGGCAAGAUCGACCCACACAGUCUGUACCUGAGAGUGACUACUCUCUGCGUGCCUAUUGCAGCAUCUUAUACUUGAAGCCUCGGAUGCACGUUGUUAUUAGAGGUCAGAAGGUGAAGACACAGCUGAUCUCCAAAAGCCUGGCCUUCAUCGCUAAGGACCACUACAGACCCAUCUUCCUUAGCAAACGUAUUCCAAUCACCUUUGGGUACAACACCAAAAGCAAGGACCAAUAUGGCAUAAUGAUGUACCACAAAAACCGCCUCAUAAAGGGCUAUGAAAGAGUGGGCUGCCAACUAAAGGCAAACAACAAGGGGGUUGGGGUCAUUGGUGUUAUAGAAUGCAAUUUCCUGAAACCCACCCACAACAAGCAGGAUUUUGACUAUACAGAUGAAUACAGAAAAACAAUAAAUAACCUUGGAAUUAAACUGGAAGAAUACUGGAAUGAGAUUCGAUUCAAGCAACACAACGAGGAUCCCAACUGUGAAAUCCCAGUGGAGGACACCAAGAAGCGCCCAGAUCAGAACUGGGUUCAGUGUGACGAUUGCCUGAAGUGGAGGAAGCUGCCGGAUGGAAUUGACUGUGACUUGCUUCCUGAUAAGUGGUUCUGCCACAUGAACCCAGACCCUCAGUUCAGGAGUUGCCAUGUGGAGGAGGAGCCAGAAGACUCCGAUGAUGACCAACCAUCAUACCAGAAGACCUAUAAACAGCAGGAGAAAUAUAAUAAGAUCCAGCAGGGGAAAAGCAGGCUAGAGAUGGAGCAGGCAAAGAAGGCAGCAGAAAUGCAGCGGAUUGCUGCUCUGGCACAACAGAACGAGGCUUUGAGGAGGCAGCACGAGGAUCUUAAGAGGCAGCUGAAGCAGUCAAACUUUCAAGCCACUGCAUCAACAUCUACAGCCACAGACACACCUUUGGUCAGCUGUCCAGCACGAAGGGGAUCACUGAACUCCCCCCAACUCAGCCGUACAGGACACAGCCCGACUCCUAACAAUAUGCCUAUUAUCUCCAACGUCUGCUCUUUAUCUACACCUGCAAGGGUGAAGCGAACACUUGCGAUAAAUCCUGACAGUGUGGAGGUGAAGAGGGCAAAAAAUGGUCUCCACAACAAUGCAGUGGAUAUCAUAGCUUCCACAAAGGCCUGUCCAUCUUCACCUGUAGUCAUUCCGAGUGAUGAAGAUGACGACAUUUUGAUAAUAGAAUCUAGCAGCACACCAAAGCCCAAAGCAGCUUUUGAUCUUGCCAAGGUGAAGACCGAACAGCUGGUUAGCGAGGAUGCGACAGGGAUGCACCUGGAGUGUAGUGAAGAUGCUGCCGUGGAGGCACCCAUGGAAGCAAGUGCCACAACUUCUGCCAUGUCCCCACCAUCUCCUAUGCAUAUUUCCUCAACCACACAAACAGAUUGCAGACGCAUAGUCAAGGAGGAAAAAGAAGAGGGAGGAGAGAACGGUGAGUCCACAGGUGGAAAACACAGUGUGAUUCAGCAGGAUCAGGACCGAACAGAAGAGCAGCCAACUGCAGCUGAGAGGGAGGCAGUGAAAGAGGAGGGCACGGAGCACAUGGAUGAGAGAAAGAAUGACGAAGAGGCUGCUACCCUGGAUAAGGGGCAGCUGCAUCCCGAGAACAGAAAUGAGGAAGUAGCAAUAGACAUGGAGGUAAAGGAUGUUGGGAGCACAGUGAUGACUGCUGACUUGAAGGAGAGGCUUCUGCUGGAGGCACAGCAGCAGCAAGAUAAGCUGAUGGAAAUGAUGCAGUCUGCUGCCCAUGAGAGAGAUGCCUACAAGGAGCAGGUGCAUCAGCUCACUUGCAAGGUGGAGGACCUAGAAGGGCAGCUGUUGGAGCUCAGGCAAACCAUGGUGAAGAAGGAGCUGAGUGACCAGUCUACUGAGACGGAGUGGCAGGACGAGGGGCCGCCUGGCUGUGGGGUGGAGGAUGUGCGUGAGCUGAGGGCUCUAUAUCAGCAGGCCAAACAGGAAGUGGAAGAGCUAAAGCAGGAGCACCAAACCUGGGGUGCAGCACCACAAGGACGGGCCAGCUCCUGUCUGAGAGAUGAAGAGGAGGAGGAGAAGGUGUAUGAUGAAGAUGAGCUGGCGCUGCAGGUGGACUCACUCUUUCGAGAUUUAGACCGCAGCAACAAGGAGAUUGAAGAGCUGAAGGCCAAGCUACAGAGCAUGGAGACAGAAAAGCAUGAUCUGUCCUCUCAGUGUGAAAAGCUCAAGGAGGAGUUGGAGCUGCUGAGGGUAGAGAGGGCAGAUGUGGCCUCUGCAAGGGAGGAGGGCACUCAGCAUAGUGCUGAAAACAGUGGGAGUACUGGAAAUACUGGGAAUGUAUCUCAUGCUCCAGACGAGGCCCGGAGGAAGCUGAAUGAAUUGCGGAGGAGUGUUGGCCGCCUGUUGGUCACAUUUGUUCCUGCACUAGAGCUCGAGCAGGUCAACUAUGACUGUGAGGUCAUUGACGAAAUCCUAGACCAGGUUAUAGAGGAGGUCAACAUGACAGGAGAUGCCUAGAUUGGGCCAUGCAGGUCUUGCCAGACUCUUCCAUGGUAAUGGGGCUAUCUGCACUUCACCCCCAGUCCCAAGGGCCUCUCUCCUUCUACCUCCAUGCUUACCUUUUUAAAAGUACACUUUAUUUUUUACAAGUACAGAAAUGACCUACAUUGAAUGUAUCUCUUUAGCUUUGUACAUUAUGUAUUUUUUUAUCAUUUUAGUGUAUGGUUAUUUUAAAAAAAUAUAUACUAAAAGUCUUCUGACUUUUGCACUGAGAUCUCUGGGAAUAGUGCCCAAGUGUAUUAUAAUUUAAUUAUUUUGUUUCCUAAAAAGGGGCUUUGUGUUGGUGGAUAACUUUUUUUUUUUUUUUUUUUU